AUGGAACAUAUAGAUGUGAGGUUACUUGCUGUUGCUAGUCCUCUUCUUUCAUGGUUCCUUAUUUCUCUCUCAUUUUCAUUCUUUCAAGUUUUCUUCUUUCCGCUUUCACUGAUUUCCCUAACUUAUAUUUAUUUCCCGCCUUUGUUAAUUUUUUUUUUUUUUUUUUUGUGGGGGGUUGGGUGGAAAGACAAUUUAUUUGUCUAUCAGUACAACUCGCCUUUUCUUUUUCGUUCUCUUUGCUUCUUUUUCAUUUUUUUCUUUUCUUUCUUUUACCUUCUCUCUGUUUUUCCUUACCUUCCUUUCUCCUUUCUUCGUUUCUUUCUUUCUUUUUUCCUUUCUUUCUUUCUUUCUUUUUUUCUUUCUCUUUCUUUCUUUCUUUCUUUCUAUCUCCCUUCUCUGUAUGGUUUAAAUAUUUUUUCUUUCUUUUUCUUUACCGUCUGUUUUCUUCUUUUUCUAUUCCUUCCUUCCUUCCUUCCUUCCUUCCUUCCUUCCUUCCUUCCUACUAAUAAUUCUCGUUUACUUUCUUUUUCCUUUCCUUCUGUUUUGUUAUUCUUCCUUACCUUCUUUCUUUCUUUCUUUCUUUCUUUCUUUCUUUCUUUCCUGUAUGAUUUUUAUGGUUUUUUCUUUCUUUUUCUUUACCUUCUGUCUUCUUUUUCCUUUCCUUCUUUCCUCCCUCCCUUUCUUAAUACUAAUAAUUCUCGUUUACUUUCUUUUUCUUUCUUUCUUUCUUUCUUUCUUUCUUUCUUUCUUUCUUUCUUUCUUUCUUGUACGAUUUUCAUGUUUUUUCUUUCUUUUUCUUUACCUUUUGUCUUCUUUUUCCUUCCUUCCUUCCUUCCUUCCUUCCUUCCUUCCUUCCUUCCUUCCUUCAUACUACUAAUUCUUCUUUCUUUCUUUCUUUAUUUCUUAAUGAUUUUUAUGAUUUUUAUCUUUUCCUUUCCUUCUUUUUUCUUUAUUCUUCAUUCUUUCUUUCUUUCUUUCUUUCUUUCUUUCUUUCUUUAA